GAUGAGACAAAAACACAAGGAAAAAGGCACACUCUGGGAGAUAAAAAAAAAGUAGCUUUGGUUCUCUCUCUCUCUCUCUCUCCCCUCCCCCCCACUGUGCAUGUUGUUGUUGCCCUUGCUUCUAUGCUCUGAUGCUGAGAAUGGAGCUCCUGGGUUGAAGUGAGAAAUUUGUCAGGAUCAUGGAGAACAAAACAAGGCUUUGGAAGAGAAAGUGUUCAGAGAAGAACAUGAUCAAGAAAGAGAAGAUCCUUGAGUUAGAGAGAUCCUUAGAAGACUUGAACGAACAACUGUCAUCUGUUCUUACUGAGUCCAGUGUUAAGGAUGAUCUUUUGACAAAGCAAGGAAAAGUGGCCAAUGAAGCAAUGUCAGGAUGGGAAAAAGCUGAAGCUGAAGCCCUUUCUUUAAAACAAAAACUAGACGAUGCUUUACUUCAGAAAAGAACUGCUGAAGAAAGAUUAGUUAACACAGAUAUUGCAUUAAAAGAAUGCAUGCAACAGCUACGAGUUAUUAAGAAAGACCAGCAGCUCAUUAUUAACAAUGCUUCUUUGAAGAUAUCAAGAGAACAGGACAACAUGCGAACUUUGGAACAGGGGAUGAUUGAGACAAAUAAGAGGCUCACUGAAUUACUAAUUCAAAAUAGCAACCUGAAUAGAGUUCUAGAGGCCAGAGAACAGUUGGUGAAGGAAUUGAGUGUGUCCAAAUCCAAUUCAGAAGCAAAAUUCAUGGAAGCAAUGGCCAGUCUUGAUUCCGCAGAGAAACUCAAUGCUUCUCUAAAGUAUGAGGUGUGCAUGCUUCAAAAGGAGCUUGAGAUUCAAAAUAAAGAGACCGAACUCAAUCGCAGAUCUGCUGAUGCUGCUCAUAGGCAACACCUGGAGAGCAUUAAUAAGAUUGCUAAGCUAGAAUCAGAGUGCCAAAAAUUGCGUGUCAUUGCCAGGAAGCGACUACCAGGGCCUGCUGCUUUAGCUAAAAUAAGAAAUGAGGUUGAAAGACUGAGUAGUAAUUCUGUUGAAACGAGGAAGAAAAAGUCCAAUUCCACAAGUGAAGCCUUCAAUACAAAGGAUAUUAAGCUAGAAGAAUGUUAUGAUGGAUCAAGCAAGGGUGCUACUUCUCGUGUUGAGAGAUUACAUGCCAUUGAAGAUGAAAACCAGAUUCUCAAAGAAUCACUGACUAAGAAAAACAGUGAACUUCAAGCAUUGAGUAUCAUGCUUGCACAUACAGAGUCCAAACUGUCAAAGGUAGAGACACAACUUAAAGAAUUACCAAAAGGACAAGCUUGCUUCGAGCCAGCAAGCAGCAGCCCAGUGUCAUAUGACCUGCCACUUUCAUCAAUAUCAGAGAAUGAUAGCAAUGAAGAUAACAUUAGCUGUGCUGAAUCGUGGACUACUAGUUUAAUCUCUGAACUGAAGCACUUCAAAAGUGGAAAACCAGCUGUGCAACCAUGUAAAAUUUAUGGAAUUUCAGGUUUUAGUUUAAUGGAUGAUUUUGUUGAGAUGGAGAAACUAGCAGUAGUUUCUGCAGAUAAACAUUUUGGAAGUUCACUCGGUAUGUGUGGUGAUAAUAAUGCAUGUGUGACCAAUAAAGAACCUUUGACAGGUCUUGGUCUAUUAGAAGCAACAAAUAAGGAGCUUGUUACAAUCAAGGAUUUCUCUGAUUUCAUUGAAGAAAAUAAUGAAGUUCAAGUCACGAACAUAUCAUUUGAAAAAUACCCUACCUGGCUUCAGGAUAUUCUGACGAUCAUUGUACAAAAGCAUCAUAUCUUAGAAAAAAGUUUAAAUGCCAUUCUUGAAGAUGUUAGGGUAGCUCUGAGUGACUGGGAUUAUUCUAUAAAGGCAAGAUGUUCAGAUAGCCUAUAUUGCAGCGACAAAGUACUUCAGCUACUGAAACACUCUUCAUCAGAUUCAAUUGAUGGAGCAAUCAAUGCAGGCAUACUGGACAGCGAACAUAGUACCCGAUCAAACUUUGAGAGGCCAGUUCGUAAGCUUGUCAAAUUGGUUGAGGGAAUCAUUCAGAGAAAUAUAAGAAGUAAAAGUGGUCAGCACAUGUUAUCUGGUGAUGAUGAAGGCACUUAUUCACACCAGAAAUCUGCAUCAGCAAAUGGGCAUGUUGCUCAUGCAUUACUAUGGGAAAGUUCUGAAUUCACUGCUGUUCUACAGAAAUUUGUUGCUGUAUGUAAUGAUCUGUUGAAUGGGAAGGUUGAUCUUCAACAGUUUGCUGCUGAAGUAACUUCAAUUGUGGACUGGAUUGCAAACCACUCUUUCGCCCUUCAAGAAGUUUCAGACAUGAAGGAGAUGUUUAGGAAAUACUUGGAUGCAGAUAAAUCAUGCAGUGAUAAUGAACUUAAGGCUGUAAUAUACACAACUAAAGAUAACGAUAAGUUAGAUGGACAUGAAGAACCCAGUUUUGAUAAAGAAAGAAAAAUACCUUUAGUCUCUGCAUCAAAUGGUUUGUGUAUCUUGUUUACCAUGGAGGAUAUUGAAUCCAAUCUGAAAUGUGAAAAUGAGCAUCUAAAAUCGGAGAUCAUGUGUAUGGAGUCCAGAAAGAAAGAUUUGGAGGAAAUGCUACAAGCAUCUAGUACUAAGAAUAAGACAUUGAUAGCUCAAAUCCAUGAAUCAGAAGAAGACAUUUCCAAUUUACAAAUAGAGCUAGCAACACUUAAGGAGUCCAACGGGCAGAUUGAAAACCAGGUUCUAAGCCAAAAGUUAAUUAGUGAAGAUCUUGGAGUGCAGCUAACAGUUGCAAAGGCUGAACUGAAUGAGGCUUAUCAAAAACUCUCAUCCCUUGAGGUUGAACUGGGGCACAAAAGCAAUUGCUGUGAAGAACUAGAGGAAGCAUGUCUAGAACUACAGCUUCAGUUAGAAAUUGCUUCAUCUAAGGAAACUCCAAAGUAUAUCAUGACCCAAGACGAAAAGCAAAUCCAGGCAGAUUGUGACAUAGUUGCUGCUUCAGAGAAACCAAGUGAUGCAUCUCUAUCAGAGAAGUUGAUAUCUAGUCCUGCUACUACAAAAUCUAAAUGUCAGCCCAGAUUAUUUGAUCAUAUGAGAACAGACGAUCAUGCAACAACUGGAGAAUUCAAACCUCCUAACACAAAGGAAAUCAUAUGCACCGAAGUGCGGAAUCUGACAGCUGCAGCUUCUGAGAGUCCCAGGUCAGGUCUGCUAUAUGGACGGAACAUCCACAUGAACCAUGGUUACGGAAACUUGGCAAACUCUAUCACUCAGCUAUCACCAAAGAAAUUGGAUGAUUCUUACAAGCAGAAAGGAGGAGCUGAUGCAGGAAUGCUUACGGUUGCACCCAAGAGACAAAAUGGGGUCAACUCUCUCAGAAACCUCUUGCUGCAAAGAAAACAGGAGAGCAGUAAGAAGCUUGCACUUCCUAUGGGUUCCAGGUAGCAGACAUGCAUAUGUUUACAUGUUUCUUGGUGAGUUUUAGAUUGUGAGCGCAUCUAAAAGAACGUAAGAAGAUGUAAACUUCCUGUAUGUAAUCUUAAUGCGUCUUCCUGUGUGUGUAUAUUAGGUCCUUAUGGUGUCAGAGAAUCUGAGAUUAGAACAUGACAGUGUUCACAAACUUGGUUAUGGGUAUAUAUGAUCUUUAAGUUGUGUUGAA